GAGAAGGGAGUGAAGUGGGAAACAGAACGAUAUGCAGAGGAGGAAAGCAAUGGCAUAAGAAACCAGAUAGCGAAUCAACAAUGGAAAAUGGUAUAGUCGGUAUAUUUCAAGAGGGAAGAAAUUGGGAAAGUGAUGAUGAAGAAUCUCUUAAGACCUCGAGAAAAAGAAAAGGUAGGGCUAAAUCCAAGAGUUUGGUCACAAGCAAAAAGUCUUCAGAUUAUUCAACUGUUCAUCCAGAAACAGGUUUUGAACAAGAAUCUACCACUACAGCAAAUGGUAGCGAACCAACACAAUUUGAAGCAAAAUUUGCUUCAAGUUCGGGUGCUAAGGGAACUAUAAAACAAGUACCCAAGGAAUCUCAUAAAAGAAUGAAAGUGAAAGUUAAGAUUCCAAGCCCUUUACCAUCAGCUUUCGAGAAAGUGGACAUGGAAUCUGUUUCUGAACCAGCACAGGAAAAAAGUCAACCCCAAGAGGAAGAGUCUAUAUUGAACCAAGAGACUGAAGAGUCAUAUUCUUCAAGUUCAUCUGAAGAAGAAAGCAAGGAUGCAUUAAGGGUACUGUACAAGACAUCUUCCUUUGACUUCAACCAACAAGAAAAAUGGUCAAACUCUCCAAAUCGAGGUAAAGCUCAGAAUUCAAGCGAAUCUUUCUCUUCAAAAGAUCAACUAGAGGUUGGAAGCAGUAAGGUGGUUUCUGAAUACACCCCUAUGGAGAUUGACGAUUAUCUAAACAAACUCAAUGAUGAUCCCUUUGCACUCUUCGAUUUCCUAUCAAGCAAUGUUUCACUUUCAUCGAAACUGUCAGAAACAACAAUUCAACAGUCCAGAUCGACUGAAAAAGUUUCCAACAUUCUUGAAGAACUUCGGUCUUUGGCCUUCUCUCAGUCACUGUUGUGCAACAUUCAACGAGUUGAAUACAGAGAACAAGUUGAGGUAACUUUGAAGAAACUUGAUAAUUAUAUUCGAGAUCUAUCUGAGAGCCAAAGCAAAGGACUCAAUAAAUUUAAUGAUUUCUACAACAAAGUAGUGACAAUUUGCAAGGACAAAUCCUUGAAUGAAGAGAAGGCAAAAAAGAUUGAAGCCGAGAAAAAAAAAGCUUUUGAUAAACUUAAAGAUUACAAAUCCAAAGUUCAAAAGCUCGAUGAUGUGGUUGCAACGAAUAAGGGUAAAAUUGAGACUGUGGAAAAACGCCAAAGGAUGAUCCAAGAGACCAUCAAGAAACUUCAACAAGAAAACGAGGGCUUAAACAAAGAGAAGACUAAACUCCAAACUGCCAACUCGAAGCAAUUGGCCAAUAAACAAGAAAUUCUUGAAUCUGUCAAGUAUGUUUCUACUUCAUUGAGCAAGGCAAUGAAACAUCAUGCUGAACUUGACAAGGAGAGAUCGGGUUUAAAUGCAGAUUUUGAGAAUCUGAAGGAGCUUUAUAAAAAGAUGAAGAGAAGCCCUCCAUUUUAAUUUGAGUCUUUUUUACUGAUUUCUAUUGUAUUUAUUUCAUUUUGACAAUCUCAAAACAAUCAUUUCGAUUAUUAAUUUACAUGAUUGAUUUCAGUAAUUCUUUUU